AUGUCUAAUUCAGGUGGUGAUGAGGGAAGGGCUCGUUUAGAAGCCGAGGUCAAAGGAAGGAACGAUUUCACCCUUCAAGCUAUGCACCAACAAUUUGAGAGAUGGACCCUUCAAUUUCAAGAGAUGAGGGAUAUGAUUAUCGAGCAGAAUGACACCAUAGCUGCAAUUAGGAGGGAGAAUAAUGUUGUACCCCCAAAUAAUGUUAGACCCCAAGUUAGAAGGAAUGUACCCCAUAUCCCUUUUGUAAAUCCUGAAUAUGAUAAUGAUGAUUUUGAUGUUGAAUUUAAUCUAGAAAGAAGAGAUAGGAGGGGAGAAAGAGGUAGAGUAGAAAAUGAUAAUAUAAAUAGUAUAAAGAUGAAGAUGCCAUCUUUCAAGGGGACAAGGGAUCCAGACUUGUACCUUGAUUGGGAGAGACGAGUUGAAGCCAUCUUUGAUUGCCAUAACUACUCUGAGGGUAAGAAAGUUAAACUUGCUGUUGUUGAGUUUUCUGAUUAUGCUGCUUCUUGGUGGAAAAAGCUUGCUAGGGACAGAUUGCAAGAGGAGUUACCACAUAUUGCUACGUGGGUAGAGAUGAAGAGGGUAAUGAGGAAGCGAUUUAUUCCAUCAUACUUCCAAAGAGAUCUACAAUCUCGCCUUCAACGCUUGAAGCAAGGCUCCAUGUCGGUGGAUGAGUACUUCAAAAGCAUGGAUAUGGCUAUGAUCAAAGCUAACUGCAUGGAGGAAGAAGAGGCUACAAUUGCUAGAUUUUUAAAUGGUUUAAAUACAGAAAUAGCUAAUGUAGUAGAGAUACAACAAUAUGUAACUUUAGAUGAGUUAGUUGAUUUGUCUGUAAAAGUUGAAAAACAAAUUGAGAAAAAGCAGCAAAAUAACUCAUGGAGAAGUCGACCAAACACUAUCUCUAAGAAGCCAUGGUCAACUCAAGAGGGGAAAGCUCCUUCCAAACCUCAAGAUGAUAGAGGUAAAGGUAAAGUGGAGGAGGGAGGUAAAACCUUUAAUCCUAAAUCUUUUAAACCUUCAAGUUCUAUUCAAUGUCACAAAUGUCAUGGAAGGGGGCAUAUGAUGCAUGAAUGUCCAAGUAGAAGAAACAUCCUACUUAGAGAGAAUGGAGAAUAUGAGAGUGAAAAAAGUGAGGGGGAAGAAGAAGAGGGAGAAGGUGUAAGUGAGGAAGAUGAUUUGGAACUGCCUAAUGAUGGUAUAAUUGGGGUGGUUAGGAGAAUUAUGACUAUCAAUUUGGGUAGUGUUGAUGAAGGGCAGAGAGAGAAUUUGUUUCAUACUAGGUGUGGGAUAAAAGGGAAGACUUAUUCUAUGAUUAUUGAUGGGGGAAGUUGUGCAAAUGUGGUGAGUUCAUACUUGGUGGAUAAACUAGGAAUUGCAUGCAUGAAGCGCUCUACCCCAUAUAGGCUCCAAUGGUUGAAUGAUUGUGGAGAAGUAAAAGUAAACAAACAAUGCAUGAUUUCAUUCAAUGUUGGUAGGUAUGAAGAUGAGAUUCUUUGUGAUGUAGUUCCAAUGCAAGCAUGUCAUGUUUUACUUGGCCGACCUUGGCAGUAUGAUAGGGAUACUACUCAUCAUGGGAGAAAGAAUAGGUAUAGUCUUCUGCAUAAUGGUAAGAAGUAUACUCUUGCACCAUUAUCUCCUUCUCAAGUGUUUGAAGAUCAAAAACGAUUGAGGGAAACAAUGGGAAAACAAAAGGGAGAGAAUUUUGAAGAUGUUUUUCCUGAUGACACUCCAAAGGGAUUGCCACCUUUGAGAGGGAUUGAGCACCAUAUAGACUUUGUGCCUGGGUCUCAACUUCCUAAUAGGCCUGCCUAUAGGAGCAAUCCUGAAGAGACCAAAGAAUUACAAAGGCAAGUUGAAGAAUUGCUUGAAAAGGGAUUUGUUCGAGAGAGUAUGAGCCCAUGCUCUGUUCCAGUCCUAUUGGUCCCCAAAAAGGAUGGAACAUGGAGGAUGUGUGUAGAUUGUCGAGCCAUCAACAAGAUAACGGUAAAGUAUCGCCAUCCUAUCCCUCGUCUUGAUGACAUGUUGGACCAACUGUAUGGUUCCAAAAUCUUUUCUAAAAUUGAUCUAAAGAGUGGUUACCAUCAGAUUCGUAUGAAUCCUGGAGAUGAAUGGAAAACUGCUUUUAAGACCAAAUAUGGACUUUAUGAGUGUUCUAAGGGAGUUGAAGUAGAUGAUGAGAAAAUCAAGGCAAUAAAAGAAUGGCCUAAACCUAAAAGUGUAACUGAAGUUAGGAGUUUUCAUGGACUUGCUAGUUUUUAUAGGAGGUCUUUUGAAGUUGAGUGUGAUGCCUCUGGUAAGGGCAUAGGUUCAGUUUUGAUGCAAGACUCCAAGCCAAUUGCCUACUUUAGUGAAAAGCUAAGUGGAGCAACAUUGAACUACUCAACUUAUCGAGGUGUUACACGUCUGCUUCAACUCCCUAAGCUUGCGCUUGGCCUCAUAGAUGACGUUGUUAGGGGAAAAAGCCUUCUUGAACUCCCCUCAGAAUCUCUCCCAAGUGUUAAUGGUGCAAAGCUCCUUCCAUAUUUCUGUCUCAUUUAG